AAGACAUUAAAAUUUAUACUCCGUAUUAAUUUUCCAAAUUAAUCAGUUGCUCCAUAAUUUUUUAGAGGCAAAUCUGUAUCUUUCAGACUUUCAGUCUUUGAGAGUGCUUUCCUCUCCAAUAUCAUCGACACCCCCACGGCAAGAACCAUGCCGGCCGGAUCUGCCGCCAAGCACAACGCCGGGCGGAGAUCGGAUCCCAGAACUCAAAAGCUUCUUAGAAAUCCCAAACUACUAUCCGCAGUUGCGUUAGUUUUAGCAGAAUCCAUCAUUGUUGCGCUGAUCAUCGCCUACGUUCCAUAUACAAAGAUAGAUUGGGAUGCUUAUAUGUCUCAGGUAAGCGGGUUUCUUGGAGGAGAGAGGGAUUACGAGAACUUGAGAGGUGACACUGGUCCUCUGGUAUACCCAGCUGGCUUUCUCUACCUCUACUCUGCCAUACAAUAUGUCACAGGAGGUCAGGUCUUUCCUGCGCAGAUUUUGUUUGGGUUUCUCUAUAUUAUAAACCUUGGAAUUACUCUCUCCAUCUCUCUGAAGACUGAUGUGGUUCCCUGGUGGGCUUUACUAUUGCUUUCUCUGUCCAAAAGGGUUCACUCCAUCUUUGUGCUUCGCUUGUUCAAUGAUUGUUUGGCCACAACUAUACUCCAUGGCGCGCUGCUCUCACUUCUCUAUCAAAAGUGGCAUUUGGGUCUAGUAAUCUUCAGUGCAGCUGUUUCGGUGAAAAUGAAUGUGCUUCUUUAUGCUCCACCUCUGCUCCUCCUCAUGAUGAAGGCAAUGAGUAUUGAUGGAGUGAUAUCGGCUCUAGCUGGGGCAGCAUUAGUGCAGAUUCUCUUAGGGUUGCCUUUUAUCUUACCACAUCCAGUUCCAUAUUUAUCAAGAGCUUUCAAUCUCGGCCGUGUAUUUAUCCACUUUUGGUCUGUUAACUUCAAAUUUGUACCUGAGGAUAUAUUUGUAUCUAAAACAUUUGCUAUCUCUUUGUUGGGAGCCCAUCUCACUCUGCUUAUGCUUUUUGCUCACUAUAGAUGGUGCAGAAAUGAAGGAGGUCUUUUUGCAUUCUUACAGUCUCAGCUUGGACAAAUGAAACACAGAAUCAUUACUUUAUUCUCCUUAUCUUGCAAAACACUUCCCGGUCAAAGUUUAGGCCAAAAAUGUCUUCUACCAGACCAUAUUGUGACUACAAUGUUUGUCGGGAACUUUAUUGGCAUAAUAUGUGCUCGAUCACUUCAUUAUCAGUUCUACUCUUGGUAUUUCUAUAGCAUACCAUAUUUACUGUGGAAAACACCGUUCCCGACCUUUGUCCGUUUACUGUUGUUCUCAAUAGUGGAGCUGUGCUGGAAUGUUUACCCCUCCAAUGUUUACUCGUCUGCCCUGCUUCUCUCGGCUCAUUUAGUCAUUUUGGGAGGUUUAUGGGCAGCCUCGCCCGAAUAUCCGUACGCCCAUCGGACGAAUGAUAAUAAAUCAUCAACAGCAAAGGACAGAUGAUGAUCUUUUUGUGCUGAGAUUUUCGCCGCAGAGGUUUAAUUUGGUAAAUACUCCGUAUCACUUUUCUUGGUUAGCUUUUCACAGCCAACUUUAUUAACCUCUCUUUCCCCGUUUUCUUCUCCCGUGUAACUUAGAUCCAUAUGUGGCAUUAAAGCCAAACGACACAUUUUUUUCCCACAUAAAACUCAAACCACACAAUACAUCUAAUGCAAUGGU